AUGGCACACAUGAGGAACCAGAUAGAUCUAUUCACGAAGCAUAUUGUUGCUAGUUCUGGAAAGGUAAAUGUUGUAGGACCUCUAAACAGGUAUAAAGAUCAGGACAUUGAUCUAGAUGAGGAGGCUAAAUACUUGGGCAACCAAGGAGGUUUUCGUAUUUAUAACUCGGGAAACCAAGGUUACAAUUCUGGAAAUACAGGUCGGAACUACUCUAGAGAAGGACAGUAUGAUAGGCCAACAAAUAGAGAGAAGGGAAACUGGCAGAACAGAGAUGGGUACAUAAAUGAUCGUUGUGGUGUGUAUGUUCCCCCAGGUAAUAGAGACUGCACAAGUGGUAGUUCCAGCGGGUCUAAGCUGGAAGACAUGUUGGCGAAGGUGCUCCAAAAAUUUGAGUCAAUUGAUGCAGGGGUGAAGGAGAUGAAAGGCGACUUCUCCAUGAACAUCCCAUUGGUGGAAGCCCUAGAGCAGAUACCAGGAUAUUCCAAGUUCAUGAAGGACUUGGUCACGAAGAAAAGAGCUAAGAAGGAGGAUCCGGGUGCAUUCACCAUACUAUGCACCAUCAAAUCAAUUGUAUUUGCAAAGGCCUUGUGUGACUUAGGGGUCAGUAUAAACCUGAUGCCGCUAUCUAUCUACAAGAAAAUAGGGUUAGGAGUCCCAAAACCCACAACAAUGAGGUUGAUGAUGGCAGAUAGGUCGGUGAAGCGACCUGUGGGCAUCUUAUGUGAUGUGCUCGAAAAGGUGGACACUUUCAUCUUUCUAUCAGACUUCGUGAUCUUGGAUUGCGAAGUGGAUUUUGAGGUUCCCACAAUUUUGGGAAGACCAUUUCUGGCCACAGGCCGAGCAUUGGUAGAUGUUGAAAGUGGAGAACUGAAAUUCAGACUCAACAAAGAAGAGGUAAAGUUUAAAAUAUGCAGGUCAAUGAAACAACCACAUGACAUGAAUGUGGUGUUUGCGAUAGAGGCCUUUGAUGAAGGAGAGAUGAGAGCGACAAAUGAGGAGAGGCUGGAAGUUGAAACAUUAGCUGCCAUGUUGAUCAAUUUUGAAAUAGAUUUUCGGACUAACUAUGUGGAAACCUUAAACGCCUUACAAGGUAUGGGAGAACGCUCUUAUGCUCCAAAGAAACUAGACCUGGAUCUGAAAAAUAGGCCAAGUCCUCCAGCGAAACUAUCCAUUGAGGAGCCGUUUGUACUAGAACUGAAACAAUUACACAGUCACAUGAGGUAUGUAUUUUUUGGCACUAACAACACUUUGCCUGUGAUCUUGGCUGUAUAUUUAAAUUAUGAACAAGUUCAAGCUGUGAUUAAAGUGCUGAUAAGGUACAAAAGGGCAAUUGGGUGGACCAUUGUUGACAUCAUCGGGAUACCUCCGGGUAUAUGCACUCAUAAGAUCCAACUUGAGAAGGACUGCAACCCAAGCAUUAAACACCAGAGGAGGUUAAAUCCACCAAUGCAAGAGGUGCUAAAAAAUGAGAUCAUCAAGUGGUUAGAUGUUGGGUUUGUGUACCCCAUUUCUGACAAUCAUUGGGUCAGCCAGUGCAAUGUGUACCCAAAAAGGGUAGUAUGA